AUGGUCUCCUUCUCUCGAACUCUCCGCCGUAUCACGGCUGCUGUUUGUGUUUCUGUAAGAAAACAAUCCCCAACCAACGUGAACGUCCCCAAGCCAGUGAGUGGAAAAAACUUGUUUUCUCCACAGAGUCUGGUAAAUCCCGUUGCAGUGGACACUGAGGUGCUCUCCACCUCUGCAACAAAGCCCACUAAGGUUAAGUCUCCAUGGUUCAGGAAGUUUAGACCAAGUAAAAGGCUUGCAGCCAAAGCAAAGAAAUUGAAGAAGAAAUUGGGAACGACUCUAACCAUGUUCAGGAAGACGGACUCAAAUUUAUCCCCUUCUACCGCUCCUCACUCUCCUAUUAUUGCUUUCCCUGAUUGUACUACUGCCCUUGAAUUCUUCCCUGAAGACCCUGAAGCCUUUUCCCCGUUUGACUACUCACAUGAUGUCUUUUAUUCCAUGAGAGCUUUGUACGAUCUCCCUAUUGAGGAUGCCGUCUCCUCCAAUAGACACCUGGUAAUCUCCCUUGUUGUUAGCAAUGCCACAGGUCAAACUUCGGUGGUAUCUGUGGAGUUUCCAAAGAAUAAUCUUCAAUCGUUGUUUUCUAUUCCAUUGAUCACUUAUGGGUGUACUGAACCUGCUAGUGAAGUUCCUGAAACGUAUGAUGUUGAUCGUGUUGAAGCUGCUGAAACCAAUGAGCUGUAUUGUACCAUGAACCCUCAUCGCUUCUUUGUUUCUUACCCCAGAAGUGAUACUGUCAAUGUCCCUAAAGUUGGUUGCUCUGCUGCUGAUAUGGCAGCUCUUUCUUGUCCUUUCCAGUUUUCUUCAUUAUUCUUCAAGAGAUUAUUGAAAUUGCUUCCAUAUUUGCAAAACUACCAUCCAACCUACUCUCCUGCUCAGGUUAAGAAUGUAUGUACUCAAAGUUGUUUUGAUUGCAUUUUCUCCCUACAAGUUAAACUGUCUAAUGUGAAAGGUACUGCCGUUGAAAAGGCUUUGCUGGCUAACGUUUUCCUGGUCCGUCGCUCGCAAUUUGUGAAUUCAACCGUCUCCCAAAGUAUUCCACAUACGGGCAAAUAUGCUCCUUACGUAUUGUGGGAAAUUCAAUCGUGGGAUAAUCUCAAGUUUACUUCUUACUUCCUUUGGCUUGAGGAUAUCAAGGAGGCAAACUUACCUCGUGUCGUUGAGGUUGUACCAGAAAGAGGUGCACACGAGAACGAUGAAGGCGGAGAAUUCAACGAUGCAACAGGCUUAGUUGACCCCGAAGAGGAUCAAAAUACGGAGGAGGUUGAAGAGUUCUUGGACUUUAUCGCUUCUGCUAUUGACAACAUUCCCGACUUCCGUAUGUUUCACUCCACAAAUGUGGAGUACCAGGUCGCUGACGUCGACUUCAUGGGAUUUCAACGUGAUUCAACUGUCACGUUCUCCAACUUUGAUCAGGUUGCGGAGUUCUACUCUGAUGAAGCUCCACUGGCACUUGCGGUAGGUUCCGACUCCGAAUGGUACCAAUGUGAACCUCUCAAAAGUUGUCUUAAAAGAAGCAAGCCUCUGAUAUCAGAAGCUCAAGAUGAUUGGGAUGGAGCAUCUGAAACAUCUGAAGAUUUUGUUAACUUUGAAACUGAUGACUCUUGGUUUGAAGAGCUUUGUCGUCGCUUUGUUGGGGCCACAAAGAUCACGGGAUGCCCUGAGAAUGCUGACGAUAGAUACUGGGAAGAGGUCGAAAAUUUCAUUGACAUCUCCCAACUGACUUUUUGGAAACUUACAGUAGGUGUUAAUGAAGUGAAGAUUUACGGACUCCAUGAGUAUGUGGGUCAAUGCGAAUGGGCCGUGAAACUUGUAUCUCUGACACUCUACUCGUUUCUUGGAAUAGCAAACAGAUAUGAGGUUUUGUUGGAGAAAUAUCGUCAUGUUAAUGAUUCAUAUUCCUUAGACUACGUUCGGGUUUCUCUUAUUGAUGAGAGAAAUAAUCUCGGGAAGGUUAGAAAGAGUCUUGACCUAGUCAGCAAUGGUGCCAAAUACUUAGCUAGUGAGUUGGGGAAGGCGCUCGACUACUAUACUGCUGAGUGUCAGGCUUGCAUUGCUGCGAUUUCGACCGUUAUUCUGGAAUUUGAUAAGUUCUUUUCUGAUGUCUUGUUGAAAUCUUAUCCAACGUGUUCCCCUCAGACACUUCAGAAGAUAUGUGGAAAGACUGACUUCAUCAGCACUUUUGGAGAGUUCCACAAGACUUAUGUUCGUGAUGCAAAGUUAGCAAUGACUUGCAACGUCGAUGAUUUACGACAAGGCGUUCAGGUCUUGGUGACUUUAGAUGCCUCAAUUGAAAAGGCAAUUGUAGAGUUACUAAACUGUGUGUGCAUGGAGAUGGAGUUGACUGAUAUGUGA